ACAAGUUAGAAAAUACUUUUUUCUGUAGUUUUUUUUCAACAGUUAUGUGCAAGUGUAAACGAAUGGUGUGGUCGUGAAGUGAAAAUAGCAGAAUCAUCAUUAAAUUGGAUUUCAGAUAUAUACAGAUUAAUGUUUGAGGAUAGGCAAAAAUCAGUGUUUUUGAAGUGGCAAAGAAACAUGUACAUUUUAUUCUAAAUCAGUCGGCAAUUCUGGAGGUUGGUCACUGAGUCUGACUAAUGUAUGUCUCUGUGAAGUCUAGCCGUAGUGUGGAAUGCUCCUCAGAUACUAAGAAAAGUGAAGUCACUGCAUGAAAACCUUUCACGUUCUGCCUAGUAUCCAUUAGAACAAAGUGCCGAAACAUGCGCCGUGUGAUGUGUCAGAAAUUUAUUGCGUUACAACAUGUUAUGGAACAAGUGCCGGGGCAAAAAUCCUGAAAGUAGUGAAAGUGACUGAACAUGUGUCGCAAUUUGCGCCGUGGACAUUCCAGUUUGCAGAAUGUGCCCAACAAUUUUGUACGGACAAUAGCGAUGUGUUUUCUAGUUCACUUCGGUGAACUAGUUCAAUAGGUCGCGCUCACUAAAACAAAAUAGUUCGCGAAUGAACUAUUUUAUGCAAGAAAAGCGGUCGGGCGCGACAACCAGUUAUACAAUCUUCUGUAUAUUGGCUUGCCUACUCUGUGUCUCAUAUCUCGUUAUCAUCAGUUCAGUCAUAAGAAUCGUUCUUUUGAACUAGUUCAUUCGCGGACUAUACAUCACUAACGGACCCGCCCCGCCCGCUCUUCUUCAAUUUUCAAUAUACGAAGAAAAAGUCUAAUUGUUCAUUUUACGAAACUUGCAGUUAAAACGUGUAUAUGGGUAAUUUUCGCAAUCCGAUCAUUGUAAUACAUCCGGUAUACCGGUUAUUGAUUUUACCUGGUCUCAAUAUGAUGAAUAUUUCAAACGUGAUAGCCGGAAAAUUCAUAUCGGUUAUUCAGACCUGACAAUUAUAUGCCGUAAAAAGGAUGAAAGUAACUAUAUCAACAUUUGCAAAGUGCCUUAUUCAGUUGAAAAAGCACGUGUUUAAAUUUGUACGUCAUUUAAAAAUCGCCACUGCAAGCUGAACAAGUAAAAUUAGAGGUAAUCAAAUAUGUUCGGCAAUUUAUGGAGUCAGCUUAGUUUAAAAAAUUUUCUUGCAAAGCACGACAAUCCCUAUGUGUUCAUCUCAUCACAGUGGCAAAAUGACAAAUCAGUCCCAAAUGGAAAAUAUCUCAUCUAUCGCAUAACAGUGACAAUUUAUUUAUUCCUCACAUGGCUGUUGUCCAUUGUCUUGGAUAAUGUGGUUGAUAAAUGGCCGAUAUACUUAACAAAUUGGGGCUAUACAACAUGUACAUUACAGUCUUUGUUAGCAUCACUCAUGCUAUUAGGAAGCUAUGUAUCGAUGAGAAGAGGAAAGGGUGAACUUAUAAAAACAUUUUGGAAGGCAUAUCCUGUGUAUUGGAUAUUAAAUACUAUUGCUACGCCUACUGCAUUCGGCAUUACUACGAUAUAUUGGUCUAUUAUCUAUGACCCGAAAAAGAUGAACUUUACUGCAAUAAACUUCUUCGUUCAUGGAAGUAACUCCCUCGUUAUGUUCUUCGAUGUAUGGAUAGUGUGCCAUCCCAUCAAGUUGUUACAUUUUAUUUAUCCAAUAAUCUUCGGUGUUUUUUAUGUUAGCUUCAGUGCUGUGUACUUUGUUGCUGGGGGAACAGCCAGGGGUGGAACCAAGUACAUCUACAAAUUCGUAGACUGGGAACAUCCGUUUUCAACAAUAUUAACAUGCUUGGGAAUUACGUGUUUCCUUUUGCUGUUACAUCUGUUAUCGUACGGCCUCUCCCAGGCAAGGAUGAAAUUGCAUGAGACAUGCUGCGUCAAGAAACAUGACGUUUCUACUCGAGACCAAAGGAAAAGAGAUGCUGCCUACGUGAAUGAUGUAUUUUGUUAAUCUGUUGUUAAUACUUAUUUCAAGUUUUGUUCAUUAAUUAAAAUAUACGUUUUAUUUUUUCUUAGAG